AUGGAUCCUGUCCGACCACCCUUCAGGAGCCCUUCUGGGCACCCAUCUCAGUAUGUACAGAUGCCAGGCUCUUGGCUACAAGCUCCUAAUCCUUUGGACUCAGCUCUGGGCAGGGCAAGGCCUGUAGGCAGAGGCUACAUAUUCGGAAAGCCCAAGGAACCAAACCCACAGAACGGGACGGCAGAACGGGAAUCUGUGGGUUUGGUCUCCAUGUUCCAAGGACUGGGCCUUGAAACUGUGUCCCAGACCCCUCUGAAGCGGGAAAUGCCUUCUUUAGGUAGAGGCAUUCUGGGUCGAGGCUUGACUCUCAGUGUGGUGCAUAAGGAAAAGGAAGAGCCACGUCACACUUUUCUGGAUCCAUCGGUGUUGGCUGCUGGUGACAGCAAGAUGGCAGAGGCCUGCGCUGGUUGGAACAGAAUGCUUGGAAGGAAUUCGGAUGUACCUGUAUUACCAUUAGGAAGAGCAGCUUGUGGUAUAGGCAGAGGCAUAUACCAGGCUCCCAGUGCUACCAGCAUGCCUUCUCGGGGUCCUGCCCAGCAGCCAUUACCGCCACCUCCGCCUCCAUCCUCACUACACUCUCUGGAUCCUUUCACGGGGACAGCAGAGCACAGGGAAAAAGAGCUUUGUGUGAAGCAAGGAUCAAAAGGAAUACCUCAACCUUUGGGAUUGAAUCUUAUCAAAAUACAGUGUCAUAAUGAAGCAGUUUAUCAAUAUCAUGUGACUUUCAGCCCCAACGUGGAGUGCAAAAGCAUGAAGUUUGGCAUGUUGAAGGACCAUCAAGCUGUCACUGGAAACAUCACUGCUUUUGAUGGAUCCAUUCUCUAUUUACCUGUUAAGCUUCAACAAUUUCUCGAGUUAAAAAGUCAAAGGAAAACCGAUGGUGCGGAGAUCAGCAUUAAGAUUCAGUUGACCAAGAUCCUGGAGCCCUGCUCUGACUUGUGCAUUCCCUUCUACAAUGUUGUUUUCCGUCGGGUAAUGAAACUUUUAGAUAUGAAGCUUGUGGGGAGAAACUUCUAUGACCCGACGAGUGCUAUGGUACUGCAGCAGCAUAGAUUGCAGAUCUGGCCGGGCUAUGCAGCUAGCAUCCGGAGGACAGAUGGCGGUCUCUUCUUGCUAGCUGAUGUCUCCCAUAAGGUCAUUCGCAAUGACUCUGUGCUGGAUGUCAUGCAUGCCAUGUAUCAGCAGAACAAAGAAAACUUCCAGGAUGAGUGCACCAAGCUUCUGGUUGGCAAUAUUGUCAUAACCCGAUACAACAACCGUACCUAUCGGAUUGAUGAUGUCGAUUGGAAUAAGACUCCAAAAGAUAGCUUCACAAUGUCUGAUGGGAAGGAGAUCACGUUCUUGGAAUACUACAGCAAAAACUAUGGAAUUACAAUUAAGGAAGAGGACCAGCCACUGUUGAUCCACAGGCCCAGUGAGAGACAGAAUAACCAAGGGAUGCUGCUGAAAGGUGAGAUCCUGCUGCUGCCUGAGCUCUCCUUCAUGACCGGAAUCCCCGAGAGGAUGAAGAAGGACUUCAGGGCCAUGAAGGAUUUGACCCAGCAGAUCAACCUGAGCCCCAAACAGCACCAUAAAGCUUUGAAAUGCUUGAUACAGAGAAUUUCAAAGAAUGAGACAGCCAAUAAUGAACUAACACGUUGGGGACUCUAUCUGCAGGAUGAUGUACAUAAGAUUGAAGGACGUGUUCUGCCAAUGGAAAGAAUUAACUUAAGAAAUACUUCAUUUAUCACAUCUCAGGAAGUAAACUGGAUUAAGGAAAUAACCAGAGACCUUCCCAUCUUGACUGUCCCCAUGCAUUUCUGGGCACUCUUUUACCCAAAGAGAGCAAUGGACCAGGCCCAAGAACUGGUUAACAUGUUAGAGAAGGUAGCUGGCCCCAUUGGCAUGCGCAUGAGCCCUCCAGCCUGGGUUGAACUAAAGGACGAUCGAAUAGAGACCUAUGUCAGAACCAUUCAAUCCAUGUUGAGAGCUGAGGGGAAGAUACAGAUGGUUGUGUGCAUCAUCAUGGGCACACGUGAUGAUCUCUAUGGGGCCAUUAAAAAGCUGUGCUGUGUGCAAGCUCCAGUGCCUUCACAGGUCAUCAAUGUCCGAACUAUUGGUCAGCCCACCAAGCUUCGGAGUGUGGCCCAGAAAAUUUUACUGCAGAUUAACUGUAAAUUGGGUGGUGAGCUCUGGGGAGUAGAUAUUCCUCUGAAACAGUUAAUGGUAGUCGGGAUGGAUGUUUACCAUGAUCCCGGCAAAGGAAUGCGCUCCGUGGUUGGCUUCGUGGCAAGCAUCAACCUCACCCUCACAAAAUGGUAUUCGAGAGUAGUAUUCCAGAUGCCUCAUCAAGAGAUUGUGGAUAGCCUGAAGCUGUGCCUCGUGGGCUCCUUAAAAAAGUUUUAUGAGGUGAACCACUGUCUCCCAGAGAAGAUUGUGGUGUACCGGGAUGGGGUGUCUGACGGCCAGCUAAAGACAGUUGCCAAUUAUGAGAUUCCUCAGCUGCAGAAGUGUUUUGAGGCUUUUGAGAAUUAUCAGCCCAAGAUGGUGGUAUUUGUAGUUCAGAAGAAAAUCAGCACCAAUCUGUACCUGGCUGCUACUGAGCACUUUGCAACUCCCUCCCCUGGGACUGUGGUGGAUCAUACAAUCACAGCCUGUGAGUGGGUGGACUUCUACCUUCUUGCCCAUCAUGUCCGGCAGGGUUGUGGCAUUCCUACACAUUAUGUGUGUGUUCUCAACACUGCAAACCUGAGCCCCGAUCAUAUGCAGAGGUUGACUUUCAAACUGUGCCACAUGUACUGGAAUUGGCCUGGUACCAUCAGAGUUCCAGCUCCUUGCAAGUAUGCCCACAAGCUAGCUUUCCUGUCAGGUCAAAUCUUGCAUCAUGAACCAGCCAUCCAGCUCUGCGAGAACCUGUUCUUCCUGUGACUGGACAACCAGGAUAUAAGCUGAUUAGAGGAAUUAUUAGGCUUCAGAAUUUGGCUGUGACUCAUGUAGGAUCAAUAGACUGAAGGGAUUUUUGUGUUGCUCUUUUCCCUUUCGCCCACCCAGUAGAAUAAGAUACCUUCUUCCCUGUUUUUUCCAUUUUAAACCUGGUAUUACCAAGAAGCAAGUUCCAUUCUAAGUAUCAGCUGGAAAUUGCCAUGUUGCCUUUGUAAAACAAAUUGGGGUGAUACUGCUACUGCGUCCAUGGUUCUCAACCUUCCUAAUGC